ACGCAUCUACCAAAACAACCAUUAAAAUUCCAAAACCUUCGAAAGAGUUUUCAAAGUCCAAGUAAUCAAGCAAAAGCAAAAGCAAAACAGAAAUCCCAAGUUAAAGCAAAAGCAAGAACUCCAGUCUCCAAGACUUCGGCUUUGUAUAGUAAAUCUCUGCUGCUGGACUGUUUAUAGUUACAAGCGGCUUUCCCUCUUCUGGGUCUGGGUGUCCACAUAAGUAGGAGUUUCAAGGAGCGUCCUAAGUACUAAGAGAGAUGGGUACUCUCACUACUGCUGCUCCUUCAAAGCUUAAAUCCUCUUUAUUUGGACAACAGACUUCUUUCUUUCACUGUAGAAGGAAAACCAAGAAGAGAAACCAAUCUAUUGUUCCUGUUGCGAGGUUGUUUGGGCCAGCGAUAUUUGAAGCAUCGAAGUUGAAGGUUUUGUUUUUAGGGGUUGAUGAGAAGAAGCACCCAGGGAAACUACAGAGGACAUAUACACUUACACAUAGUGAUAUUACUGCUAAGCUCACUCUGGCGAUCUCACAGACCAUUAACAAUUCUCAGUUGCAGGGAUGGUCCAACAAAUUAUACAGAGAUGAAGUGGUGGCAGAGUGGAAGAAAGUGAAGGGAAAGAUGUCUCUCCAUGUUCACUGUCACAUAAGUGGAGGCCAUUUCUUGCUAGAUCUCUGUGCUAGACUCAGAUACUUCAUCUUCUACAAAGAGCUCCCGGUGGUUUUGAAGGCUUUCGUUCAUGGAGAUGGAAAUUUGUUCAACAACUACCCGGAAUUAGAGGAGGCUUUGGUUUGGGUGUAUUUUCAUUCUAACAUUCCAGAAUUCAACAAUGUAGAGUGCUGGGGUCCACUCAAGGAUGCUGCAGCCCCUUCUAGAUCUGGUGGGCCAGCCGAGGAGGAGAGUAUGCUAACUACAUCAUCAGGUAAGUCUGAAUUGCCCCAACCUUGUCAAGUGGACUGCGAGUGCUGUUUUCCUCCAUUGGCUUUGAUCCCAUGGUCACAGAAGCUUCCCCUUGGCAAUGAAAUUAGUCUUGGGGCCCAGCAGAUUUUAGAACAAAAUACUCCACAGCAACCCUAAAAUGAGCCAAUGGUUGAUUGAUUGUUGGUACCUGAAUAUAUUGUCUUGUUUGUACAUAUAAACCCAUCUGUCCUCCAAGAUUCAGGUAGUGGGGUUGAAGACAUUGCUGUAAAAUUGUUGUGGCACUGGUUUGGCAUGUUUAAAAUUGUUGUAUAGUUAUGGUUAGCAUUCAUUCAAAGGGUAAAUGGAAUAUAUUUAUAAGUAGCAUUCUAUAAACGUGUUUUUUUCCC